AUGGGGUCCACAUCCGAGCUGCUCUUCUACGUGAACGGCCGCAAGGUGAUAGAAAAACAUGCUGAUCCUGAAACAAUGCUGCUGCCAUAUCUGAGGAAGAAGCUCCGACUCACGGGAACCAAGUAUGGUUGUGGAGGGGGAGGCUGUGGUGCCUGUACAGUGAUGAUAUCAAGAUAUAACCCCAUCUCCAAGAAGAUAAGACAUUACCCAGUGAACGCCUGUCUGACCCCCAUCUGUUCUGUGUAUGGCGCUGCGAUCACCACCGUGGAGGGAAUAGGAAGCACCACAACACGUCUUCAUCCUGUCCAGGAGAGGAUCGCCAAGUACCAUGGCACCCAGUGUGGCUUCUGCACCCCUGGAAUGGUGAUGUCUAUGUACACACUGCUCAGGAACCAUCCAGAGCCCAGCCUGGAUCAGCUAACGGAUGCCCUUGGUGGUAAUCUGUGCCGUUGUACUGGAUACAGGCCAAUACUUGAUGCAUGCAAGACUUUCUGUAAUGCUUCUAACUGCUGUCAAAAUAAAGAAAAUGGGUUUUGCUGUUUGGAUCAAGGAAUAAAUGGAAUACCGGAAGAUAAGGAGGAAGAUAAGAUAACUUCAGACCUCCUCCCGGAAGGAGAUUUUCUGCCGUUGGAUCCAACCCAGGAACUGAUAUUUCCACCUGAGCUCAUGAGAAUGGAUGAGAAGCCACUCCAAAAGACCAGGGUUUUUGUUGGCGAAAGAGUGACGUGGAUUUCCCCAGUGACCUUGAAGGACCUUCUGGAAGCCAAAUCCAAGUACCCACAAGCUCCUAUUAUCAUGGGGAACACCUCUGUAGGGCCUGGAAUGAAAUUUAAAGGCAUUUUUCACCCAGUUAUAAUUUCUCCUGACAGAAUUGAAGAAUUGAAUGUUGUUAGCCAUGCCCACGAUGGGCUGACCCUGGGUGCUGGCCUCAGUCUGGCCCAAGUGAAAGACAUCUUGGCUGAUGUGGUUCAGAAGCUCCCAGAGGAAAACACUCAGAUAUAUCGUGCUCUCCUGAAGCAUUUAAGAACCUUGGCCGGCUCCCAGAUCAGGAACAUGGCAUCCUUAGGGGGCCACAUUGUCAGCAGGCAUCUGGAUUCAGACCUGAACCCCCUGCUGGCCCUGGGGAACUGCACCCUCAACUUGCUGUCCAAAGAAGGAAAACGCCAGAUUGCUUUAGAUGAACAGUUUCUCAGUAAGCGUCCCAAUGCCGAUCUUAAACCUCAAGAAAUCUUGAUCUCAGUGAACAUUCCCUACUCCAGGAAGUGGGAAUUUGUGUUGGCCUUCCGACAAGCCCAGCGGAAACAGAAUGCUCUAGCAAUUGUCAAUUCUGGAAUGAGAGUCUUUUUUGGUGAAGGGGAUGGCAUCAUUAGAGAGUUGGCCAUUUUGUAUGGUGGUGUUGGUCCAACUGUCGUCUGUGCCAAGAAUUCAUGCCAGAAACUCAUUGGAAGGCCCUGGAAUGAAGAGACAUUGGACACAGCGUGCAAGUUGAUUCUGGAUGAAAUCUCCCUUCCAGCCUCAGCUCCAGGUGGGAAGGUGGAGUACAAGAGGACCCUCAUGAUCAGCUUCCUCUUCAAGUUCUACCUGGCAGUGUCCAAGAUUUUGAAGAAGAUGGAUCCAGGUCGCUAUCCCAGCCUUGCAGACAACUAUGAGAGUGCUCUAGAAGAUCUUCAAGCUAGACACAAUCACAGUACCUUGAAGUACCAGGAUAUAGACACAACGAAGUUUCCUCGAGACGCAGUUGGCUCUCCCAUCAUGCAUGUGUCUGGUGUUAAACAUGCCACAGGGGAAGCCAUCUACAUUGAUGACAUGCCUGUAGUGGAUCAAGAACUCUUCAUGGUUUUUGUAACUAGUUCAAGAGCUCAUGCCAAGAUUGUGUCUAUUGAUCCAUCAGAGGCCCUCAGCAUGCCAGGUGUAGUGGAUGUUUUGACUGCUGAGCACCUUCAGGAUGCAAAUUUCUUCCACACAGAGAUGUUUCUGGCAAAAAAUGAGGUAUUGUGUGUGGGUCAACUCAUCUGUGCCGUGGUUGCAGAAUCUGAGGUUCUGGCAAAACAAGCUGCUAAGCGAGUGAAGAUUGUCUAUCAAGACCUGGAGCCAGUGAUCCUAACAAUCCAGGAAGCUAUACAGCACAAAUCCUUCUUUGAACCAGAGAGGAAGCUGGAAUAUGGUAACAUCAAUGAAGCGUUUAAAAUGGUGGAUCAAAUUCUGGAAGGUGAAAUACAUAUGGGAGGCCAGGAACAUUUUUAUAUGGAAACCCAUAGUGCGCUUGUCAUUCCCAAAGGAGAGGAUCAAGAAAUGGAUGUCUAUGUAUCUACACAAUUUCCCAAACUUGUACAGGACAUAGUUGCCACAACCUUGAAGCUCCAAAUUAAUAAGGUCAUGUGUCAUGUCAAACGCGUUGGUGGGUCAUUUGGUGGGAAGACGUUUAAAUCCGGUAUUUUGGCUGCCAUUGCUGCAUUUGCUGCCAACAAACAUGGUCAUGCAGUCCGUUGUGUUCUGGAACGAGGAGAAGACAUGUUAAUUACUGGAGGCCGUCAUCCUUACCUGGGAAAGUACAAAGUUGGGUUCAUGAACGACGGCAGGAUCAUGGCCUUGGACAUGGAACAUUAUGGCAAUGCAGGCUGCACCCUGGAUGAGUCAUUACUUGUGAUAGAAAUGGGACUUCUGAAAAUGGAAAAUGCAUACAAGCUCCCCAACGUGCGCUGCCGGGGCAGGGUGUGCAAAACCAAUCUUCCCUCCAACACAGCUCUUCGUGGCUUUGGCUUUCCCCAGGCGGGGCUGAUCAUUGAGUCCUGCAUCGCAGACGUCGCAGCCAAAUGUGGCUUGUCCCCUGAGAAGGUCCGAACAAUAAACUUGUACAAGGAAAUUGAUGAAACACCCUAUAAGCAAGAGAUUAAUGCCAAGAAACUGAUCCAGGCUUGGAAUGAAUGUAUGACCAAGUCUUCUUACUCCCUGAGGAAAGUGGCUGUGGAGAAGUUCAAUGCAGAGAAUUACUGGAAGAAGAGAGGGCUGGCCAUCAUCCCACUCAAGUAUCCUGUGGGUCUUGGCUCGAUUAUCUAUGGCCAGGCUGCUGCCCUGGUUCACAUUUAUCUAGAUGGUUCUGUCCUGAUCACUCAUGGUGGGAUUGAAGUGGGGCAGGGCAUCCACACUAGACUAAUCCAGGUGGUCAGCCGUGAACUAAAGAUACCGAUGUCAAACAUCCACCUGCGUGGAACAAGCACAGAAACUGUCCCCAACACUAACUGCACUGGAGGCUCUGUGACGGCCGAACUCAAUGGACUGGCAGUCAAGGAUGCUUGUGAAACUCUUCUAAAACGCCUGGAACCCAUCAUCAGCAAGAAUCCAAAAGGAACUUGGAAGGAAUGGGCCCAGGCUGCCUUUAAUGAAUGCAUCAGCCUUUCAGCAACUGGCUACUUCAGGGGCUACAACUCAAACAUUGACUGGGACAAAGGUGAAGGAAAUCCCUUUGAGUACUUCGUCUAUGGAGCUGCCUGUUCUGAGGUUGAGAUAGACUGCCUGACGGGGGACCACAAGACCAUCAGAACAGACAUUGUCAUGGAUGUUGGCUACAGUAUAAACCCUGCCCUCGACAUGGGCCAGGUUGAAGGUGCCUUUAUUCAGGGCUUAGGACUUUAUACAAUAGAGGAACUGCAGUAUUCUCCUCAGGGCAUCCUCUACUCUCGUGGCCCAAGCCAAUACAAAAUUCCUGCCAUCUGUGACAUCCCCACAGAGUUGCACAUUUCUUUUUUGCCUCCAACUGAAAAGUCCAAUACCCUGUAUUCAUCUAAGGGCUUGGGAGAGGCUUCGUUGUUCCUUGGGUGCUCGGUGUUUUUCGCCAUCCAGGAGGCGGUGAGCGCAGCGCGGCAGGAGCGGGGCCACUCAGUACCUUUGAAGCUCAACAGUCCACUCACCCCUGAGAAGAUCAGAAUGGCCUGUGAAGACAAGUUCACAAAGAUGAUUCCCAGAGAUAAGCCAGGAUCCUAUGUUCCCUGGAAUAUACCUGUGUGA